AUGGCGAGCGCAUUCGCUAAUUUCCAACAGAAAAUGAAUUCUCUCCGCAUCGAGGCGGACGAGAACGCUGCCAAAGCCGAAGAAAUGAAGGCCAAAGUCAAGCAGCUCGAACAAGACAACCUACAGAAAGAACAAGAAAUCACCUCCCUCAACCACCGCAACCAGCUCCUCGAGGCCGAAGUUGAGAAACUCGAGACCGGCCUCAAAGAGGCAAAGGCUCUCGCUGGUGAGUCUGCGGGCCACAGCACACAGAAUGAAGCCCUUCAGCGGAAGCUUCAGGUGCUCGAGGAGGAAGCCGAGCAAGCUGACAAGACUUUGAGAGAAACCAAUGAGAAACUUCGACAGACCGAUGUCAAAGCCGGCCACUUCGAGCGCAAGGUCCAAGCAUUGGAGCAGGCUCGUGAUGAAUGGGAGAACAAAUACGAAGAUAUGGCCAAGAAGUACGCCGAUCUCCAGAAAGAGCUGCAAGAGCUGGAGCAGAGCAUGGGCAACAUCUAA